AUGGUUCAAACCAUGCUUUCGGACUGGGCACUCAAACUGAAGGAAGGUGGUUCCGUCACCGAGCCACUUGUCAAAUUAGAAAUUCAAUUACUGGCAUUCAAAUGGUCGCAACAUGUGAAAGAGGCAAUGGUACCGUUGCCAUGGGAUAUAUAUCAGUUUGCUGUACCACCAACGUAUCCAAAAAUGUCUCCAUCUCAAUGGAUACAGCGUUUAUCAAAUAAUGAUCACCAAACAUUUGACAAUUUUAAAAUGUGGUACGAAUCGGCACAUGUAGUUUCAAUUCAAUAUCAACGUUGUUCAUGCAGAACUUUUUGCAAGC